AUGGGCCAGAAACGAGGGAGCGAAUCCAAGACCCAGGCGCUGCAAUCAAAGAAGCGCCGGAAGGCCGCCAAGGCCUCUGCAGAGGACGAUUCUUGGGACGGACUUGUCGAAAUUGAUGAUCUCAACUGGAAGGAAGUCGCUCUUCCUGAUCGACUAGAAGAUGCCCAUGGGUUUUUUGGGCUCGAAGAGAUUGACGGAGUCGACAUUGUGCGACCGGAAGGCUCUGGCGAAAUCCGAUUCAAGGCGAAAGCCGGAAAACCGAAGAAGUCCAUUCUGAAGACACCCUCAGUGCCAAUCGAAAACAGCGAUGCAGAAGAAUGGGCGGGUUUUAGUGACGGAGAGUCAUCCAAUGAGACUGCUGGCCCGGCCCACAAUGCGCAAGAAUUGAAGGAGGGCAAGGAGGCGAAUAGAAAGGAGGCAAAGGAGGCCAAGAAGAAAGGACCCAAAGCCAAAGAACCGGCACAAGAUCGGAAUAUCAAAUUGGGUCUCUCAUUUGCAGCGCUCCAGGAAACAGAAGACGAUGAUGGCGUUGAUGUAUCGACCUGGGAUACUCUUGGCCUUUCCCCUGAGCUCUUGACGAGUCUGUCAAAGUUAAAAUUUGGCAGUCCGACACCGGUCCAAAAGUCCUGUAUUCCCGCGAUUUUGAAUGGGCAUGAUGUCGUUGGAAAGGCGUCUACCGGUUCCGGUAAAACUCUGGCAUUCGGAAUUCCAAUCCUCGAAUAUUAUCUCGAGCAACGGAGGGAGGAUGACGGCCAAGAAAAAGGCCAAUCGUCUCCAAUAGCGCUUAUACUUUCCCCUACCAGAGAACUGGCGCAUCAGCUGGCUAAACAUAUCGGAGACCUCACUACGAAUGCCCCGGACACCGAUGCACGAGUUGCUCUUUUGACCGGAGGUCUGUCAAUUCAAAAGCAGCAGAGGCAACUUGCCACAGCUGACAUUGUCAUUGGCACACCGGGCCGAGUUUGGGAGAUUCUCAGCACUGGGCAGGGGUUGAUCCGCAAGAUGCAACAGAUUCGAUUCCUCGUCGUUGAUGAAGCGGACAGGCUCCUCAGCGAAGGAAAUUUCAAGGAGGUCGAAGAGAUCCUUGCCGCCUUGGAUCGGCAAGAAGAUGGAGAUUCGAACAUGGAUGACGAUGAGGACAAAAAGCAAGAGCCCAAAUAUCGGCAGACUCUCGUGUUCUCGGCUACGUUCCACCGUGAUUUACAGCAGAAGUUGGCAGGGAAACGCCAAUGGACUAGCGGUGAUCUCCUAAACAAGAAGGAGUCUAUGGAGUAUCUCCUCAAGAAGCUGAAAUUCAGGGAAGAAAAGCCCAAGUUCAUCGACGUCAACCCCGUACAGCAGAUGGCAGAGGGACUUAAGGAGGGCAUUGUCGAGUGUCCUGCGAUGGAAAAGGACCUUUACCUCUAUUCUCUUCUCCUCUAUCAUCCCAAGCAUCGAACCCUUGUCUUUACCAACUCCAUCUCCGCCGUCCGCCGGCUCACCCAACUUCUUCAAAACUUGCAACUCCCUGCACUCGCUCUUCACUCAUCAAUGGCCCAAAAAGCGCGACUGCGCUCAGUCGAGCGGUUCUCUUCACCUACGUCAAAUCCUAGCUCCAUUCUUGUGGCUACUGACGUUGCGGCACGCGGUCUCGAUAUUAAAGGCAUCGACUGCGUUAUCCACUACCACGCACCACGCACAGCAGACACCUACGUCCACCGAUCAGGACGUACGGCCCGCGCGGGAACGACCGGUAAAAGCGUGAUCAUCUGCGCCCCCGAAGAAGUUGUCGGAGUUGCUCGACUAGCCGCCAAGACGCAUGUUCAGAAGUCCAACGGCAACGGACCAACGAAGAAGCUUCCCCUGGAGUCCAUUGAAAUCGACCGGCGCGUUGUCUCUCGCGUGCGACAGCGAAUAAAUCUUGCCAAACGCAUCACUGACUCCACCAUCGCGAAAGAGAAGAUCUCUGCGGAGGAUAACUGGAUGCGAGCUGCUGCCGAUGAUCUCGGCGUUGAAUAUGACAGUGAGGAGUUCGAUGAGUCGAAGGGUAAGGGUCGGGGUCGUGGUGGAGGACGGCACCAGCGUGACAAGCAGGCUAGUAGCAUGACCAAGGCUGAGAUGGCUGGACUCAGAGCAGAGUUGAAGCAAUUGCUCUCGCAGCGGAUCAAUAUUGGGGUCAGCGAGCGCUACCUGACUGCUGGGCGGAUCGAUAUUGAGGCUCUUCUUCGUGGAGAAGGAAACAAGUCGUUCCUCGGGCACCUUGACCCACUGAACUUCUAA